AUUUUAAACAGAUACAACCAGCGAGUAGUAUCAAGUUGACAAUGGUGUGCGACGGCCCCGAUCCUCCCGACAAUUCGCCGCAUGAACUCACGCCUCCCCCUCGUCACGAUCUCAUGAUGAAUGGUAACAAUGCAGAAGAAAGCGAUGAAGAAAACGAAUAUUUCGGCUACGAACCAUUGCCACAGGGACCUGAAGCUAUGCAUUCUGACCACGAAAACAGUGACGACGACACACAGAACAUAGAUACCCAACAAGCACCCGCAAAUGAUGUCCCUGCCAUUGAGCCUAUGGAAAAUAUGCUAGCCAGAGAAGUUUGGAGUGUGCCUCGCCCGGUUGACCCCAUUCAAAUGGACAAUGAGAGAGCACAACAGGUAAUGUCAGCAAUGGCCAACUUUGCUCUACCCCAGGCUUCCAUCCCCGAUUGGGCACAGAGUGUCACCGAGGACCAGUGGAAGCAGACCCUGAAUGACAGGUUAGAGAGACUCCGGAGCAACAGAUAAAGAUACGCAAUUUACAUUAGGAAUUAAUGAGAUUCUAUUUAGUUUUAAC